AUGCUAGAGAUUCAAAACAUUCGAGGGCAGGCAUAUGACGGUGCAAGUAACAUGCGAGGUGGGUGGAAUGGGUUGCAAGCUUUUGUUUCAAAUGAUUGUUCAUAUGCUUACUACAUUCAUUGUUUCGCACAUCGUUUGCAAUUGGCAUUAGUGGCGGCAUCAAAAGAAGUUAUUCCAGUUCAUCAAUUUGAAGAUUUACGGGUUGCCCAAGCUGCUGAAUUUGCUUACUUGAUUGAAAUUGAUGAGAUUGAGACUAGAAGAGGACUUAAUCAAAUUAGUACUUUACAACAAGCUGGAGAUACUCGUUGGAGUUCUCACUUGAGAUCAGUUUCUAGCUUGAUCAAAAUUUUUAGUCCAGCUUGUGAAGUUAUUGUUAAACUCAUUGAUAUGGGAACUACUUCUUCCCAACGAGCAGAAGCAGAUUCAGUUCAUCAGGGAAUGACUUCAUUUGAAUUUUCAUUUUGCAAGAAACGCAACACAGAUGUUCCAGAUAUGAAUGCUCGUUAUGUUGAGAGACAAGGUCGUGCUCGCCACCAACAAGCCGACUCUACAAUUGAACAACAUUAUCGAGUGGAUAUUUUUUGUGUCGCAAUAGAUUCUCAGUUGCAAGAAUUAAAUCGCCGGUUCAGUGAGCAUGCAAUAGAGUUGCUUAUUCUUGCCUCAGCUCUUGAUCCUCAAGUUGCCCGUGAAUCUUUUAGAAUUGAUGAUAUUUGUCAGUUGGUAAACAAGUUUUAUCCGCAAGACUUUACCGAUUUCGAAAAAGAACAGUUGGAAUUAGAACUUCACCAUUAUGAGCAUAAUGUAGUUCAACAUUCAAGUUUUGAAGGAUUGUCAAAUAUUUCUGAAUUGUGCUAA